AAAAUGUUAUAAUAUAAAUAUGAAAUAGUCUUUUCUUUCUUUUAUAAUUCGGAAAUCGCACGUUUACGUAAUAUUCGGGAAGGGAGCAUUCACGCACAGCGCACAUGCGUGCAUAUCAAAGCAAUUCAAUAUGGCAGUAGUCAGCUAGCAGGAACAGUUUGGCGAGUAAAGUUUAGAUAUCUCGAUGUCACCUUAUAGAGCGAAAUUUAGAAAAUUAUAUAAAAAAUUGCCAGGAAAAGUGCUCGGCGAGUACCGAUUGCUGCCAUUAUUUUUUGUCGCCGGAGCCGCCUUGGAAUAUUUUAUGAUUCACUGGCACGUAGGAGAGGUUAACUUCUACAAGACAUACAAACGCCGGAAAGUGGAGGAAUUGGUGGAAGAAAGACUGCGACAGGAACAGCGAGGCUAAUUUCUGUAUUAAGUUUCUAUUGGGACACACCAAAAUGUCACAUAUAUCUUUUCCACGAUACAUUACAUUCUGUGUAGCAGCAUUGCUCACAAUGCUGGCUGGUGCACAGUACGUUCAUCAAAUCUACAGACCACUUGACGACCUAGAGGAUUUGCUCGAACAGAGACUAAAGGAAAGACGGGAAGAGUUGCAGAAGAAAUAGUACCAUAGAAGAAUGUAUGUAGUGUAAUAAAUUAUUGCUGUUUUUAUAAACAUGG